CUCUUCUUUUUUUCUUUUUCUCUUUUUUGUUCCCCACAUCCAACGCAUGGCACACUUGGUCACGGUCGCCGUGUGCGCGCUCAACCAGUGGGCAAUGGACUUUGACGGCAACCUCGCGCGCAUCCUCACAAGCAUCGAGCAAGCCAAGCAACGCGGCGCAACGUUCCGAUCUGGACCAGAGCUCGAAAUCAGUGGCUAUGGCUGCAACGAUCACUUCCUCGAGUCGGAUACCUUCCUGCACUCAGUCCAAUCACUCGCCGAGUUGCUCAAGUCGCCGGUUUGCCGCGACAUUCUCUGCGAUGUUGGCAUGCCAAUCCUCCAUAAAAACGUUCGGUACAACUGCCGCGUGCUCUUCUUCAACGGAAAGGUGUUGCUCAUCCGUCCCAAAAUGUUCCUGGCAAUGGAUGGGAACUAUCGUGAAGGGCGCUGGUUUACCCCUUGGACAGCUCAGCGGGAGACGGAGGACUUUUACCUUCCAAGCAUCAUUCAGGCGAUCACAGGCCAGAUAACUGUCCCGUUUGGCGAUGCUGUCGUGUCAACAUUGGAUACUUGCGUGGGUGUGGAGACGUGCGAGGAGCUCUUCACCCCCAACAGUCCGCACAUCCAAAUGGGCCUGGACGGCGUGGAGAUUAUCACAAACGGGAGCGGCAGUCAUCACGAGCUGCGCAAGCUGCAUACUCGUCUCGAUUUGAUCCGAUCUGCAUCUGGCAAGCUCGGCGGCAUCUACAUGUACUCCAACCAGAAAGGCUGCGACGGAGAGCGCGUCUACUAUGACGGCUGUGCGAUGAUUGCCGUGAAUGGACAGAUUGUCGCACAGGGCGCGCAGUUUUCCUUGGACGAUGUGGAGGUUGUGACGGCCACCAUCGACCUCGAAGAUGUUCGCAGCUAUCGCGCGAGCAAGAUGAGCUGGGGCGCCCAGGCAACCAACACGCCCAGCUACCACCGCUUCUUUUUGGACUCUCGGCUUACGGCGCAAUCUCCGAGUCUGUUCCCGGAGAAUCUCCCUUCCGAGCCGCUGGAGUCGCUGCGCAUUCACACUCCGAGCGAAGAAAUCAGUCUUGGUCCCGCUUGCUGGCUCUGGGACUACCUGCGCCGAAGCGGCAUGGGCGGUUUCUUCCUUCCAUUGAGCGGUGGGAUUGACAGCAGUUCGACUGCGUGCAUUGUCGCCUGCAUGUGCAAGCUCGUUGUCGACAAUGUUGCAGCCAACAAUGCUCAAGUUUUGCAAGACGUUCGCCGAAUCUGCCGCGACCCUCAGUACACCCCUACCGAUCCUGCGGAGCUGACAAAUCGUCUCCUGCACACUUGCUACAUGGGAACCGCCAAUUCGAGCAAUGAAACUCGCGACCGCGCGUCCGCUCUUGCACAACAGCUCGGCAGCUAUCACCUGAGCAUCAAUUUUGAUGCAGCUGUAGCAGCCGUGCUGGCCGUAUUCACCAUUGCCACAAAGAUGAUCCCCAAGUUCCGCACCUACGGCGGCUCUUCCACGGAGAAUCUUGCACUGCAAAACAUUCAGGCGCGCCUUCGAAUGGUGCUUGCGUAUCUUUUUGCCCAACUUCUUCUGUGGGUGCGUGGUCGCGAGGGAAGCCUUCUCGUCCUCGGUUCCGCGAAUGUGGAUGAAAGCAUUCGAGGCUACUUUACCAAGUACGACUGCUCCGCGGCCGACAUCAACCCGAUCGGAGGAAUCAGCAAGACGGAUUUGCGAGGGUUUAUCCGUUUUGUCAUCCAGACGCACGGUUGGACAUCGCUGAACGGCAUCUUUGACGCGCCUCCGACCGCCGAACUUGAACCCAUCACGGCGUCAUACACCCAAACGGACGAGGCCGAUAUGGGCAUGACUUAUGACGAACUCUCCGUGUACGGGCGUUUGCGCAAGGUGUCGCGAUACGGACCCUACAGCAUGUUUACAAAGCUUGUGAUUGUCUGGAAGGACAAGUUCUCUCCUGCCGAGAUUGCCAUCAAAGUCAAGCACUUCUUCCGGUCCUAUGCAAUCAACAGGCACAAAAUGACGACGCUGACUCCGUCCUACCACGCGGAGGCCUACAGCCCUGAUGACAAUCGAUUUGAUCUUCGGCCCUUUUUGUACAAUGCUUCCUGGUCGUGGCAGUUCCGGAUGAUUGAUGCCAGCCUCGCCACGAUCGCGACGCCCAAAUCGGUUCCAGCUCGUUCCGAGUCACUCGAUGCGGCAAAACCGGCUACUGUGACCGCAGAGGCUCCCAACCUGCUUUCUGCGCCUGCUGAAGAAGCCCCGGAGCCGGAGAAGAUUCCAGUUGUUGUGCCAACCCCGACCACCGAUUCGUCGGACGCCAAGUUGGCCGUGCCGCCCCCUUCCAUCACUCCUCCUGACGCGGCGACUGCGGCUGCACCUGCAACGCCUGCUUCUUCUGCUUCUUCUUCAUCUUCUUCAUCUUCUUCUGCUGAAGCCGCUCCAACCAAGCUGUAAAUUGCAGCGUUUGUUCUUUGACUUUGUCUGUUGUUGUUGUUGUUUUCUGGUCUGAACGCACCAAACGAACUUCCAGAUCUCGCUGAUACUUGGCUCUGUAUUCUUGUAUUUACCCAAAUUCUCGCGCAAGCUCAGUCAUUCUUAGUUUUCCAUCA